UUGUGUUGCGCGUUACGGGGUGGCGGCAGGCAGCAGACGGACCCGAGGGCACAGUAAACGGGAAAAGGCGGGAAACCGAAAGUGAAUUGGGGGAUACACAAGAUCUCUUUAUUAGAACGUGUCUGUCUGCCCAGCUGUUUAUCAUGGCCAAGGUACAGAUUCUCAAUAUGGUGGUGUUGGAUAACCCAUGUCCGUUCCACAUUCCUUUCCAGUUUGAGAUCACCUUUGAGUGCAUAGAAGACCUACCUGAUGACCUAGAAUGGAAGAUUAUUUACGUGGGAUCGGCAGAAAGUGAAGAAUACGACCAAGUGCUGGAUUCGGUGCUCGUCGGGCCGGUACCUGCCGGACAUCACAUGUUUGUGUUCCAGGCGGACGCCCCCAAUUCAAGCCUAAUCCCUGAGUCGGAUGCUGUAGGGGUCACCGUGGUACUCAUCACCUGUACAUAUCGUGGUCAGGAAUUCAUCAGAGUUGGCUAUUAUGUAAAUAAUGAGUACUCUGACCCAGAACUUCGAGAGAAUCCACCCCUUAAACCAAAUUUCACCCAGCUCCAGAGAAACAUCCUGGCAUCAAACCCCCGUGUUACGCGCUUUCAUAUCAAUUGGGACAGUGCAAGUGAAUCAAAAAUGGAAGAUAUUGAAAACGUGGACCCUGCCUCCCAUGCAAUGCUGCCUCCAACCUGCGCCCCCUCAAAGGGUCUGGCAGGCGCAUUGAACGCCAUCCCAGAAAACUCGAUGGACUGUAUGUGAUCCUGCUGCACGGUCAGGGCAUGUGAGCUCACAGCCCCCUACUCACUGCUAUGAAGGCAAAACUAUGGACUCUGGUAGUGCCAUGCUGCGUGUCUGGCCGCCUGCGAUCACUCCCCUUCUCUACAACGUUCUCACAUAUUUUCGGUUUAAAAACAUGGACGCGCUCCUGAUGCAAAGUGUUAAUUCAACUCUUCUCUUUCUGAGAGCUGCCAGACUCAUUGUAAAUGCUUUUCUAUUGAUACUGCAGUUUUUAGAGGGACAUCCAUAGAGGCUGCGGAGCGUUUUCAGGGGCACUGCGCCUCGACUCCCAGGUCUUUAAUACCAUAACUAUCUUAGCACCAGCAUUCGUCUCGCGUCGUAGCUGGGUGGACACGGCACUUCUCGGUCACUGCCUCCGCCAAGCAGAGAUCUUCUGUUACGGCAGUUCAGCAGGAGCCCUUUAAAUGUGUAAACAUGUCACUUUGUUCUUACUGAGGGUUCGCAGUCCUCACAGCACCUCUCAUCCCCACCAGCACUACCUGUUGGUAAUGUUAGCAUACACUGUUCUGUUCCUUGUUGCGGUACAGCUAAGAGUAUAUUUCUAGCAUACGUGUGCCCUUUAUACGCUGCCUCUAGUUCACUGGGGUGACCAUGGAAUAUGCCAGUCCUUGCCAUGUCUUGCUCUCUUCUAAUGAACUAAUAGUCACCGGUCCUGUGCCGCUAACGGAAUGUAAAUUUCACCAGACUAGCAACCCACAGCCAAAAUAUCACAAAAAUAUUUAAAUGCCCAGAGAUUGUUGGACUUCAAUAAUUUUGACAUGUCGAGUUUUGACUUGUCCUGUUCAAAGUUGUCAAUUCUUUUGUAUUUUGUUAGUGUGGCACACUUCUAAACAGAUGCCAUGAUUUAUCAAUGUGUUUUUUUUUUUUUGUUUGGUUUGUUUUUUAUUAUUUUUAUAUAUCUGUGAGUAGGAACUUGCUGAAAUAAAAGCACUUAGACCUAGGCGU